UUUACAAGUUGUAUUGUGGUAGUUUGAGGAUUGAGAUAAAGAGAAAAUGGAGGGGGAUCAAAACCAGAACCAUCACAAGAAAUUCGUGUGCAAGUUUUGCAGCAGGAGAUUCCAAUGUGGGAAGUCACUUGGUGGUCACAUCAGGACCCAUUUGAACAAGAAACCAACAACACGAGAAAAAGAACACGAGUUUGAAGAAGAUGAGUUUGCUAGAGUUACUAGGACUGCAAAGCUUUCGUCUUUGGAUUCCGGGCCCGAUGGCCAGUCCGUUUAUCGUCUCAGGGAGAAUCCCAAGAAGACUUGGAGGUUUGCGGAUCACAAAGUUCCGAGCUUUCAUCAAUCCCAGCUGGAGAAAGUUUGCAAAGAAUGUGGGAAAGGUUUUUCAUCGCUGAAAGCUUUGUGUGGUCACAUGGCUUGUCACUCGGACAAGGAGAGAAAGCUUGUAGAGAUUGAAGAGUUUUCUGAGACUAGUGAGAAGCAGAAGCUGGUGAUGGAUAGUCAGUCUGAUACUGAGACCUCAUCAACUCCAACAAAGCAGAGAAGGGUGUCAAAGAGGUUGAAGGAGAGCAACUUUGAAGUUCAUGGUGGUUGUUCAUCUGGUUCUGGAGUUGAGCAAGAACAGCAGGAAGUGGCUAUUAGUUUGAUGAUGUUGUCUCGUGAUUCCGGUUAUAAAGGGGCUUUGAAUUCGUUUGGUGACUCUUCUGAUAACAAUUCAGUGAUUCUGGAGGGUAAGUCAUCUUCUAUUGAUAUGAGAAUUAGUACUAAGAGAGAUCUGAGUUAUGCUGCUAAAGUAAAUGAUGUUAUAGACUUGAAGAGAGCAAGAGAGAAAAUGUUGAAGUAUGAGGAGGUUACUGUUUCUGACAAUUCUGAUUCUGGAUACUAUAUACAUGAACCCAAGAAGGUUGAAUCAGAUGUUUCUGUAGAUGGGUUUGUGAGGAAUGGUGAGUUCAAGAAGUACAGAGCUGAAUUCGCAUCCGGGUUUGGCGGCUAUGAGUCCAAUGAUGUUAAGUCAGGAAGGGGUUUUGGCAUCAAUACUGAAAUGGUGAAGGAUUUACCACUAGAAGAAGCUUAUGAACAAGACGAUAGUGGUUCUGUAAAGUAUGCACUGCGAAAAUCCACCAAGAAUGGUUUUCACAGACCAUUUACUAGUGGCUCUUCAAGUGUUGAAGUCUACAAGAAUGUUAAAAUGAACAGCAAAUAUGAGUGCUUGACUUGUAACAAGACCUUCCAUUCUCAUAGAGCUCUUGGGGGUCAUAGAGCAAGUCAUACAAAGAGCUAUGGCUACUCUGAGUCUAUUAUGUAUGAGAGUGGAGAAAACAGCAUAGACAGUGACGAGUCUCCUAUUCCAACACCUCAGAGUAAGCUUGUUCUUGAGGGCAAUAAGCCUUACAAAGGCAAACCCCAAGUUAACCAGGACUUGGGAGCAAAGAAGAAUGCAGGCUCUAAGAGAAGCAGGGGGCAUGAAUGCCCAUUCUGCUUCAAAGUUUUCAAGUCAGGCCAAGCUUUAGGUGGUCACAAAAGGUCCCAUUUUGUUGGAGGCUGCGAAGUUAAAACUGUGGUACUUGGACAAGAGCAUCAGCAGGAGGAGGACGAAGAAGAAGAAGACCUUGAACUUGAAGAACCUGAAAAUGAGGCUGAUAUCCCUACUCUAUUUGACUUGAACCUUCCAGCUCCUAUGGAGGAAGAAGCAAAUGGGAAUUUUGAGUACAUGUCAUGGUAAAUUUGAGCUUGGAAGAAGAAGUUAGCCACAACAAGAUUGAAACUUUGGUGGGUUUUAUCGUCACUCUCUAUCAUUCUUCUCUAAUGAUUCAAAUGCAGAUUAGUAUAGACAAUUGGAAUUUUUGUUUCCCUUAGGCCACAAGUUCAAGGGGUGGAGGUAAUGGUUCAAUUUCUUGUUCAUGGU